GCUGCGCGGCGCCUCCGGACGCCUCCGGCCUCACGCUGGCCCGGGUGGCGCUGCUCGUCUACCCCGUGCUCGUUCCUUCAGCUGGGAGUUCAGGAUGUUUCCAGCAGAGCCUUUCCCACACUCUGAUCCACACCGCGCUCUCCCUCUUCUCAUCGAGACCCACAGAUUCACACCUAAUCCCACAUGCUUCUGAAUAUGUUCAGUUUCUUCUGCCUCCCUGGCUGGAUCAUAAGCUAUUUGGGACCCCCAGGUUUCCCUAGAUGCCAGAUCAACACUCCUUUUCCUUCCUGAAGAUCACCUGCGGGAACCUUGGCGAUGGCAUCCCCGUCAGAGUCUGUCACGUUCAGGGAGUUCUGCCCUUUGUACUAUCUCCUCAAUGCCAUUCCCACGAAGAUCCAGAAGGGUUUCCGCUCCGUGGCGGUCUACCUGACGGCCCUGGACACCAGCGGGGACUACAUCGCCGUGGGCAGCAGCACCGGCAUGCUCUACCUGUACUGCCGCCACCUCAGCCGCAUGAAGAAAUACAACUUCGAGGGAAAAACAGAACCGAUCACAGUGGUGAAGUUGCUGAGCUGCUUCGAUGACCUGGUGGCUGCAGGCACCGCCUCUGGGAGGGUCGCAGUUUUCCAACUGGUGUCUUCAUUGCCUGGGAGAAAUAAACAGCUGCGGAGAUUUGACGUCACUGGUGUUCACAAGAACAGCAUCACCGCUCUGGCUUGGAGCCCCAACGGCAUGAAACUAUUCUCUGGAGACGACAAGGGGAAGAUUGUCUAUUCGUCUCUGGAUCUGGACCAGGGCGUCUGCAGCUCCCAGCUGGUGUUGGAGGAGCCGUCCUCCAUCGUGCAGCUGGACUACAGCCAGAAGGUGCUGCUCGUGUCGACUCUGCAGAGAAGCCUGCUCUUCCACACCGAGGAGCAGUCCGUCAGGCAGGUCGGAGCACAGCCGAGGAAGAGCACUGGGAAAUUUGGUGCUUGUUUUAUACCGGGACUUUGUAAGCAAAGCGAUCUAACCCUGUAUGCGUCGCGGCCAGGGCUCCGGCUGUGGAAGGCUGACGUCCACGGGACUGUUCAAGCAACGUUCAUCUUAAAAGAUGUCUUUGCUGGAGGAGUCAAGCCUUUUGAACUGUACCCGCGUCUGGAAUCCUCGGACAGGGGAAGUGGCAGCUUACCUGAGAAGCACCUGGGACUUGUUUCCUGUUUCUUCCAGGAGGGCUGGGUGUUGAGUUGGAAUGAAUAUAGUGUUUACCUUCUAGACACCAUCAACCAGGCCACCAUUGCUGGUUUGGAAGGAUCGGGAGAUAUCGUGUCUGUUUCCUGCACAGAAAAUGAAAUAUUUCUCUUAAAGGGAGAUAGGAACAUUAUAAGAAUUUCGAGCAGGCCAGAGGGACCAGCAUCCAUAGUGCGAGACGGUCUGGAGACACUGGGAUGCACAGAGCACGUCCACCUGCCGCCUGCAGAGAGGCCGUCGGGGGCCAUGGUCCCAGAGGCGAGGCUCAGAGGCGCGUCGGUCGCCAGCGAGCCGAGGAGCAGGAGCAGCUCACUCAACUCCACCGACAGCGGCUCCGGGCCCCAGGGAGCCCUGGAGCUGGGCAAGGGCGUCCAGCCCGCCUCUCAGAGGUUCAGUGUCAUCAGCUCGGAAGACUUCGACCAGGAGCUCAUUGUGAAGCCCCUGAAAGUAAGGAAGAAGAGGCGGAAGAGGGCAGAAGGUGGAAGCAGGAACACCUGGCACGAUUCCCUUGAGUCGACUCCCUGCUGUGAGUUUCCUGGUGACAGUCCCCAGUCCUUGAACACAGACCUGCAAUCCGUGACCUCGAGUUUGGGAAGUAUCGUGGAUCAGUUGAGCACAGAGUCUCCCGACUGGGAAAGCAACCUCAGUGGUGAGGUGGAAGGUGUCCUGCAGGAAAAUAACGACCCGGAGGCAUUUAGUGUGCUGGAGGUGCCUGAGCCCGCCCCUGACUCACUCAAUGGAGAAGACAGCAGUAGAACGGAAACCUCACGAUGGGACCGGGCCAGCGAGAUGGAGCUAUAUGGUGGGGUGUUGAAUUUACCGUUGCAGCCGAGGGAAGGCGUGGAAGGUGGCGAUGUCACAGAGACCAAGUGGGAGCCUUGUCCUGCAGAUGAUGGAUCCACUAGCCGACAGUCACCUUGCCAAGAACAGGACAGCUCUACUGAGGCCCAGGAGGUGGGGGGCUUGGAGCCUGAGGACCCUCAGAGCACACUGGCUGAAGCCCCUCUCCUGGACUUGCUCCCAGUGCCUUCCAGCCUCAGCUGGGCCCCCAGUGCUGAGAGCUGGCUGCUAGAGGCCAAAGAUGACAAAGGCGGCACUGAGGAGACCAGUGGAGAGCAGGGCCUCCUGACACACAUGGAGGCCCCUGGCCACCUCGGCUCAGAUCCCUGCCACACCGUCCCAGACGAUGACACAGGCCAGGAAGCAGUGGUUACUUCUGAAUGUGACUUGGGGAGUGUGGGCGGAAGGCUGAUUCCCCCGGGCUCUGCGUUGGCAGCCAGCACCCAUGAGCCUCGCCCUGAGCAUUCCUUACGGGAUCCGGUGCUGACGUCCAGCGACGAGGAGGACAUCUAUGCCCAGGGGCUGCCCUCUUCCUCCUCAGAGACGAGUGUGGCGGAGCUCGGAGGCAGCCGCUCCCUGCAAGACCUGAGCCAGCUGGCCGCCGAUGACACUGGGCUGCUGAAGUCAGAUCAGUUUGCAGAAAGCUGGAUGGGCUACUCCGGCCCCGGCUAUGGCAUUCUCAGCCUGGUGGUCUCCGAGAAGUACAUCUGGUGCCUGGAUUACAAAGGUGGCCUGUUCUGCAGUGCAUUGCCGGGCGCCGGGCUGCGCUGGCAGAAGUUUGAAGAUGCCGUCCAGCAGGUGGCAGUCUCACCCUCAGGAGCCCUUCUGUGGAAGAUUGAACAGAAGUCUAACCGGGCUUUUGCUUGCGGCAAAGUGACCAUCAAGGGCAAGCGGCACUGGUAUGAGGCGCUGCCCCAGGCCGUGUUUGUGGCGCUGAGCGAGGACACCGCCUGGGUCAUCAGGACUAAUGGAGACCUGUACCUGCAGACAGGUCUCAGUGUGGAUCGUCCCUGUGCCAGAGCCAUAAAGGUUGACUGCCCGUACCCGCUGUCCCAGGUGACAGCCCGAAACAGCGUGGUGUGGGCGCUGACGGAGCAGAGAGCCCUCCUGUACCGGGAGGGGGUGAGCAGCUUCUGCCCUGAAGGGGAACAGUGGAAGUGCGACAUCGUCAGUGAACGACAGGCUUUAGAACCCGUCUGUGUAACACUUGGGGACCAGCAGACCCUGUGGGCCCUGGACAUUCGCGGAAACCUGUGGUUCAGGACCGGUGUCGUUCCCAAGAAGCCCCAAGGCGAUGAUGACCACUGGUGGCAAGUGAGCAUCACAGACUACGUGGUGUUUGAUCAGUGCAGCCUAUUCCAGACCAUCAUGCACGCCACGCACUCGGUAGCUACAGCGGCCCAAGUGCCCGUGGAAAAGGUGGCAGAUAAGCUACGCAUGGCGUUUUGGUCUCAGCAGCUUCAGUGCCAGCCGAGCCUUCUGGGAGUCAACAACAGUGGCGUCUGGAUCUCCUCGGGCAAGAAUGAGCUCCACGUCGCCAAGGGCAGCCUCAUCGGCACUUACUGGAACAGUGUUGUUCCCCGGGGGACAGCUUCUGCAACAAAAUGGGCCUUUGUGUUGGCCUCCACUGCUCCCACAAAGGAAGGAAGCUCCCUGUGGUUGUGCCAGGGCAGCAAGGACCUGUACAGCAUCAGCACCCAGCACACACAGCCCCGCCCGUCCACGGUGCAGCUGCCUCCCGACACCGAGUUGAGGGCCUACGCCGCCUGCCAGGAUGCUCUGUGGGCGCUGGACAGCCUGGGCCAGGUGUUCAUCAGGACGCUGUCCGCGAGCUGCCCCACCGGCAUGCACUGGACGCGGCUGGACCUUUCCCAGCUAGGAGCUGUAAGACUGACGAGCUUGGCAUGUGGAAAUCAGCACGUGUGGGCCUGUGACUCCAGGGGAGGCGUGUACUUCCGCGUGGGGACCCAGCCCCUGAACCCCAACCUGAUGCUUCCGGCCUGGAUAGCGAUUGAGCCACCUGUCCAGCCUCCUGGGGUCACCUUGGUCAGUGUUCAUUCCAGCCCCAAUGACCAGAUGCUAUGGGCGCUGGACAGCAGGUGCAACGUGCAUGUCCGCGUUGGGAUCACUGAGGAGAUGCCGGUGGGGACCGACUGGGACCACGUGCCAGGGUUGCAGGCCUGCCAGUUGGCACUCAGCACCAGGACCGUGUGGGCCCGCUGCCCUGACGGCGACAUCGCCCGGCGCUACGGCAUCACCGACAAAAACCCUGCGGGAGACUACUGGAAGAAAAUUCCUGGGAGUGCAACAUGCCUCACAGUGACGGUGUCGGAUGAGCUGUGGGCAGUGGGCCCCCCCGGCUACCUCCUCCAGCGGCUGACCAGGACUUUCAGCCACUCACACGGUACCCAGAGCAAUCAGGCUGCCACCACCCACCCGGAGGACCUGGAGGACGAAUGGGAGGUCAUCUGAAGGAGCUGUGACAGCCGCUCAGGGGAGCCGAGCAUGCGGGGACAGUGGGUUCUGAACCGCUCACUCUGGGACAUGCCUGGUCAGCUCUUGUCCAGACCCGUCUGGCCUGCCAUGCUGGACGCCCCACACUUGCUGUCACCUGUAUUUGUUUCCGUCUCGUUCCAGAACCCACAACCUCAGCCGAGUGACUGGCGCCUUCCUGGCACAGCAGCGCCCCGAAUCCUGUGUGGUUGUCUCCACAUGGGGACAGUGGCUGCUCCCAGGUGCACAUGUUAUAGCUUCUCGUGUACUGCGGUCACUGACCCACUGUGGGGAUGCUGCAGAGAGCUGCCCAUGGGCAGGACGAGUCAGCCGGGUCAGGGGACACUCCUGUGAGCCAUCAUAGGCAGCCACGCUAGUCACCGGAGGUCAGUGCUCUCCAACCACUGAAUGUUCCCACGUGGCUUCCCCUCUGUCCCAGGGUCCUGCCACCUCCUCUAAGGGAUGCAGGUUCUAGCACAUUCCAAGCCAGAUGCCCAGAUGGGAAGCCAAGGCUGUGUUUGAGGGUGGGUGGUUGCUGGGCUGGGCCAGAAUGGAGACCACGCCUGCACCUGCCACAGCAUACCCAGGCCAGGGUGCUCACCACCUAGAAAACACCUUGCGGCCAGAACACUAAAGGCCAGUGGACAAAAACAGACCUGGCUGUGUGCGCACCCCAGGCAGGGAUGGCCAGGAAGCCAGGCAUGAGAAGGGCAGCUGUGCUGGCUACCUUAGUGUCUUUAGAGUGGUGUCCAGCUCAUGCUGCCAGUGGACGUUGUGAGACCGGAUGCGUCCUCAGGAUGAAUCUAAUUAUUGCCUUUUUGUUUGUACAUUACAAACCCACAUAAGAUACCUCAUUUGAAAUCAAAUGUUACAAAUUUAGAAGAGAAAUGUAUUUCCUGAAACCAGUGGCUGGCCCUUCAUUCCCUCCCAUGAUUACCCUGAGUCUACAGUCCUCAGCUGCAGCUUCCGACAGGUGGGUGUCACCCCUGUGUGUUCUCAACGUGUGGGGCAUCCUGGAACCUGGACUGGCUCCCGUGGCAGCCAGCACUAUCAGCUGGCAUUUGGGUUGACCCCCCAGAAGGUAGAAGCUGGUGCCUGCUCUGGUCAGUUGCUGUGGCCACACCAUACGUCAGUCCCUGCGGUCAGCCUGCAGUGCUGUCACCUCGCUGGCAUCGGAGCUGUAGAACUAGGCCGCCCACCCUGAGCCCCACCUGGCCCUCCUGAACCAUGGCUGCACUGCAGGACUCGGCCUCCUGCUGUUUGUAACCUGCCUGUGGCCCAGGGCCCGUCCUUUGAGGCCUGUUUUCUAAUAAACUGUGUCCAGCCCCCAGGCCACAGGUGAAGAGCCAUCAGGUGUGGCCUCAGAUGGGACCAGCUGGCUGUGAAGAGGGUCUUCCAGGCCUAGAUGAGGACAGGAUGCUGGCCCAGACCCUACUCUACACUUCACUUCUAUAGAACCUUCUCUUGAAGUUUGUUGGCAGCAGAGGCUGCCCAGUGGCUGCGGCUCCUGGGCUGUGAGUGUGACACUUUGCCCGCUCCUGGGAUGGAUGGCAGGGCAGUCCCGGACCCACGGACCUCAGUGCAGUUACACUCAAGUCUCGCUCAAUGUGCUUAAACGCUUUCAGCUCCAGUGCUGUGCACGGUUUCCUCCUAGUCUCUCAGUUGUACUUUGAGACAGUGCAAUAAACUAGACUUUCCAAGCCCGGUCACGUCUGAUGUCUAAGCUAUGACGAGGUGCCCUCAGCAGACAUAUGUGGAGGCUGGUGUCCUGCCUGUGCUGGGAAGACCCUGCCCACUAGCCUCACUGCCCGAGACUGUGGUGGACAUGACCUCGUGACCCGCUCCAUGUUUACAUACGCGCUGGUCUACCCAGGGUGGCGGUCCUGUGGCAGUGGUCACCCCACAGGCAGAUGGCCACCCUGGUGGCCCAAGGUGGAGUACAGGGCCAUCUGCUCAUGGAGGCCCAUAGAGGCCAGGCACCGCUGACAGGCGUCGGAGGGGCUCGAGCCCCUGGGGCUAGAUCUCCAUCCAAGAAACAAAACCAAGUAUCCGAAGUGCCCUGUGGAACCCACCAUGCAGAGAAGGACCAUGUCCAUGACAGCAGGACCCUGUGCCAGGAGCGGCUGGAUGAGACAGGUCUCACUUGUGGCAGGAAGCACCGAGCUGCCCAGAGACGUCCAGGAAGAUGGAAUCAAGGAGAGUGUUUGACGUUCCUGAUGGAAGAGUAACCACCGCAGAGACACCGUCCUCUCCACACGAAUGUGUGGGUUUCACUCAAUGUCAGAAUCCCCUCAGGGAUUUGUAUGGGGGGGCAGGGAGGAAUUCCAAAAAUAAUGUUGGUCCCACAAACACCCCUUGACAGUGCCGGACGUGCUCCUAGCACUCACUCAGCCUCUAGUCCUCACUAGGCCCUGGGGGAUAAUACCGUUUGUCCCAGAGAGACUCAGAGGUCACGGAACUUGCUCAAGGCAAUGCGGGGAUCUGGGAUCAGAACCGAGCUCUGGAGCUCCAGGCCUGAGCAGCCUGAUGCCCUGGCUGUCCCAGGAAGAGGUUGGGGACAGAGGCCAGUGUGGCUGGGAGGCGGGGACAUCAAGCAGCCAAGCAAGGAGGCAUUGGAACUGAGGGGACAGAAGCGUGACCACAACCCACGUGCCACUGCUCAGUGAUUUGCACAAAACAAAGCUGCACCGGAUUGAAACGGUGCCUGAUUCUAGAUGGCGAGGGUUUUCAAACUCAGUGGUAGGAGAAGCCACAGAGGAAAACAGACGUGACUUCAAAGUGUAAAAAUGUGCAAAUUAAAACCCCCACAUAGAACUGAAAGAGGAAAUAAUUGCAACAAAUGGGACGUUGUACGUGCACCCCCAGCACAGUUCCCAGGAGGAAGGCGGAGGCGGCGCAGGGCCCGGAGCAGGGGCAGUGGAUGGGGUGGCCCCUGGCAGCCCAGCAGCAGCCUCGAAACCUCCAACCCCAGGAUUCCGCCCUGGGCGCCCGUCCUCGAGAGCAAACCCUGAGUCGGCUGCAGCCUAGCACAGCACGGCCUGUCUGACUGUGACACUACAACACCCCGGGGCACGUCCCUCGCGAGCAGGCCGCCAGUGUCACCUGACUGCUGUAUGGACGUUGGAUUUCUGGGGUUUAGCAGCAAGUGUGGCUCUGGAGGAGGUCGGAGAAGGCGGAGGGGGUGACACAGGUGCACGCACCCCUCUCUUACCUGGGUGGGUUUGAAACUUGUCCUAAUUCCAGGGGCACACAAGGCACAGAAUCAACAAGCUCACCACACAAGCCGCUGGCCACAGUGGUUGCCUGGAGUACAUACCUUUUUUGUAUCUCUUGGAUUUUGAGCCAUGCAAAUGUAUUAUUUAUUCCCAAAGUAAAUAAAAUUUGCAUUUUAAAACCUCA